AUGCUUGGCGGGAUUCUAAGUGAAACAAGGCGUGGUUUCCAAGAAUCCUGAUCUCACUUAUCGUCCAGAAUGAGGAAGCUUCAAAACGAAAGUGAAAUCGAAGAGGUGAGAAGCCACGUAAGCGAUGGAAGCCUUACAAAGGAUCCGUUCUGAUUUUGUGCAGAGAGUUUCCUCCGCAGUUAUCAAAGGCCUUCUGGAUGACCUUUUGGCUCAGGGAGUGUUCAGUACUGAGGAAAAGGCGACUGUGACUCAGGCCAACAGAAUCACACAGGACCAGGCACGUUGUGUGAUCGACACGGUGAUCGGGAAAGGGGAGGAAUCAAGUGGGAUAAUGAUCGAUUGCCUGUUGCGGAGGGACAGGCACUUAUGCCGUCAACUGGUGCUGAUCGCUUCUGAUGCUAUGGAUCAGAAGUGACCUGAGGAGGAUAAACUGUUGCUUGAUUCUUGAGGAAUGAAGAAAGCCACAACAUUGUAUUCACUACAUGUCCUGGAUAAGAUACAUUAAAUAAAAUAUAGAAAUAAA